AUGUAUUCUUAUAUGGCAGCACUUAUUAUUGUGCAAGUUUUAACUGCUUUCUAUGAAAAUAGAUUGAAAGACCACCACCUACUUGUGCCUUCUGUUUUGCAGGGUCUAAAAGCACUGAGCAUGAGUCAAGUUCUCCCUGAAGGUCUGGCUGUGUCUAUUCUGAAAGCAUUAUUCCAGGAAGUUCAUGUGCAGUCUCUGAUGCAGAUAGACCGUCAUUCAGUUUACAGCAUCAUCAGCAACUUCAUGGAGUCGAGAGAAGAAGAACUCAAAGGUUUGGGCUCAGACUUCACUUAUGGCUUCAUCCAGGCCAUGGAUGGAGAAAAGGAUCCCAGGAAUUUACUUUUAGCUUUCAAGCUUGCCAGAGACAUUGUUGUAAAGAAAUUUGCAAUGGGUCCAUUUGUUGAAGAGUUCUUUGAAGUCACUUCCUGUUACUUUCCCAUAGAUUUUAGUCCUCCCUCAAGUGAUCCCCAUGGCAUCACCCAGGAGGAACUUGUACUCAGUCUUAGGGCUGUUUUGACUGCUACAUCCCAGUUUGCAGAGUUUUUCCUGCCACUUCUGAUAGAAAAGUUGGAUUCCGAUGUGCAGAGUGCUAAACUGGACUCCCUUCAGACCCUGACUUCCUGUUGUCACUCUUAUGGCCAGAAAGAGUUGAUGGAGUACCUACCUAGUCUUUGGUCUAAUAUCCGCAGGGAGGUCUUCCAAACCGACAGCAAGAAGAUUGAGUCAGAAGCAUUGUCAGCCCUGCAGGCACUAACCAGCUGUCUAUCUAGAUCGGUUGUGGAGGCAGGUUCUGAAGACAUCUUGGAUUCUUUUCUGAGCACCAUUCUGCAAGACUGUAAACACCAUCUGUGUGAGCCAGACAUGAAGCUUGUUUGGCCAAGCACUAAACUACUUCAGGCAUCUGCCAGUGCUUCCCACAGGGCAUAUCACAAAGUCACAUACACGGUCUUACCAUUAUUGUUGGAAGAAUACAGCAAACGCACACAGAGCAGCCAGAGGCGAACAAUAUUGGAAAUGCUACAUGGAUUUAUAAAGCUUCAGCAAAAGUGGUUACAGGAUUUGGAAGAUGAAAAUGCUUUGGCUGUACAGAAGGAGUCGCUCUGCAUUCUGGUGUUUUCUGCCCUUACAGACUGUAGUGUUCACUUACAGCUGGUUGGAAUAAAGACUUUAGCUGCUUUAGGAAUGCAGCAAGGUCUGUUGUCACAAAAUGAUGUUGAGCUAGCUGUUAGUCACUUGAACAGGCUAAUUCUGGAAGAAGACGACCACCAAAGUUGUUCUGCAGCAAUAGAAGCCUCUGGCAGUCUGUCAGCAAUUUACCCAUCAGCCUUCAUCACAAAAAUGGUGCCAGUGUUACUAAAGGAGUUGCAGACAGACUCAAUGGAAACUGAAGAGAAGGAAUCUUUGUCACAGUCCAAAAAGUUAUUAAACACCCAAAGAAGUCUUCGAACUCUGGCUGUUAUCUCCACACAUCUUAGCAUACUUAAAGAAACCGUCCCAAUUCUCCUACAGCACCUUCGAGAAGCACACCAAGGGUCUUCACUGGAUGCGGAUAAUGCUAUUGCCACAUGUCAUAGCUUGCAUGUUAUAGCAGAGCAUUGUCGGGAAUCUGUGGAAAGUAAUUGGUACUUCUUUGAAACUGCAGUCCCUUGUUUGUUUGGUCUGGCACUGCAGCAUGCUAAGCAAGAUAGUGGAUCCUUUUCUGUCUUCAAUGAAGAAAGAGUUCUGUCUUCAAUGGUGCCGAUCAUCAGUACAACUUGUGCUCAUUUGGAACCUCAGCUAGCAUCUCAGAGUGUGUUGCACGUUGUGGCCUUGUUUCUGAAUGGAGAUGUUUCCUUCUUGUCUGAGAAUAACAUUCCUCAUCACUUCCAGCCUUUUAAGAGAGAAGACCCUGAAGGGCACCAAAGUCGACUUAUUGUGCUGUUAAUGGCUUUUAUUUGCUCCCUGCCCAGAACUUUUGCAGUUCCAGAGCAAGAAAAGUUAAUGAGUGAGCUGGUGGAUCUGUGCUGCUCCUGUCAUCACCUGUUCACAUACAUCUCAGCUGCCAAAUGCUUUGCCGGCCUUAUAAACAAGUUCCUUGCAGGGGAGCCAUUGGAUACUGUUUUACAAAGUACACUGAGGAGGAUUGAACAGGGACUUGCACAAAACGCUGGCAGAGUGCAGAUUUUCACACUGCUACUAUGGGUAACAAAAGCACUUAUCCUACGGUAUCACCCCUUGGCUGAAAAGCUGACAAAUGGUAAGCUCACAUCUGGAAGGGAUGAUAUACCAACAGUUAAUCCAAGAGAUGAUCCGUCUAAGGAAAAAGUGUCUUAUGAAAAUGCUUUUGUGAUAAGUUACAAUAGUGAUGCAGGGAUUAUCAAGAAUGUAACAGAAAAAGAAUGGACAAGAUUUGCAAGUUUAUCAGAUUUAAGUGUUAUUUUUGAGAAGCCCUUAAAAUGUAUUUUUAGAAAAAGUUUUAAAAUUAAGAAUUUAAUAGAAAACAGGGGUGAGGUGAUUAACUUGAAUAGACAAGACAAGAAGUCGAACUACUUGAAAGCACUUUCCCAUGUCUUGAACAGUAUACCAAAACAGGUGUUAAUGACAGAGCUGCCAUCGCUACUAUCUCUUCUUAUGGAGGCCUUGCACUGUCCAGAUCAAGUGGUCCAGCUAUCCACUCUCAGAUGUUUACAUCCUCUAUUAAUGGAUGCCCCUCAGGUUAUGAGUGUUCAUGCUGAGACCCUAGUGACAAAGCUGCUUGCCUUAACUGCCAGUCCUGCAAUGAAAAUUCGAAUUGCAGCACUGCAGUGUAUACAUGCUCUUACACAACUACCUAAUCAUGUGGUUAUUCCCUAUAGAGCCCGAGUAAUCCGAGCACUAGCCAAGCCUCUUGAUGACAAGAAGAGACUUGUAAGAAAAGAAGCAGUGACUGCACGAGGUGAAUGGUUUUUAUUAGGGGCUCCUGGAAGGUGAAGCUGCAUCUGGUUGUGUACACUAACCAAUACAAUCUGGCCUUGAAAAAACAUUAACUGUUUAGCAAGUUACUAAUUGUACCUUGGACUGACAUUUCAGCCAUCUGAUUGACAGUCACCUCACUUACGAUAUAGAAAAUGAAAACCAGCUGACUAAGGAUAAGCAACUUAACUGUAAACCUUUUGUAACAUCAUGCUGUUUUUAUGGCAUUACUACAGAGUUCAGCAAUUGCUAUUUUUAGCCAAACUUAUUGAGCCCUAAAAUUGGAAGAAAGUGUUUUGGGUUUUAGUCUUACCUGCUGUCUGCAUAGAACAAUGAAUUACUGAAGGGUUACCCAAAUUAUCUGAUGCUAAGUUUGCAGUAUUUAAUGCCAGAAUUAUAAGUCAUGGAAAAAUGCUGACCCACUGGCAAGAAGUUGGAGACACUAGAAAUAAAUGAAGAUCGUGGCCUGCAUCUAGAACGUGUUAAGUUUCUGCAGCGUUACAGUAAUUAAGUGAGUCACAAGAAUAAAGAUUUUUUUUAUUUGA